AAAACCUCCUGAUAUUAGAAACUGGUUUGGAAGCUAUGUAUAUGAGUCUCCUAUGUUGGACACAAGUGAUGAUUUCAAGAGCUCAGCUAACCACAAAACAGGAUGUGAGAAAGAUGCAUUUGUCAUCAGAGACAGCUUCAAAGAAAAAGUUGAAAAUGCAGGUAAACUUCGAGAAACUAAAAGCUGUCAAGAACAGGAUGUCUCUAGAAUUAAAUGCUCAAGUGGAUUGGUUAAAUCCAAUAGCUCUUUUUGGGAUAGAAAAAAUGAUGAUCAAUCCCUAUGUAAGAUACUUUCUACAUCCUGUUCACUUGCAGCAAGAAGACAUUGGGAGAAUGCAAGGGCAGAACUGUGGCGUGAGGAGUUGCGCUGAUUGAGGAGAUUGAGCAGAAGGUAGGAGGGCUCCGAGAACUUGAGGAAGCCGGUCAGAAGUAGAAACUUAUUCAGUCAAAUGCAUAUAUAUGCACUUUACUCAAACAUCACUGUAUAUAGUUCUUCAGCCUGGUUUCCAU